UUUCCGCUUCUGUUGCUACAUAAAACAAUAAUGGCGGACGUUCGAGUUUCAAACGUAAAUAAGUCUGUUAAGGAAUAUGACAUUUUUCCAUAUUCUAAAGGUGAUUUAAAUACGUAUCAUAGAUCAGAACAAGAUCUACAAGAUCGUAUGUUAGCACUUUAUGGAAAGUCAGACAGUGAAGUAGAUCUGUUUCGACCUGCUCUUUCUGACCAGGCAAAGAUAGGAUUUUUUAGCUUGGACAGGGCAUGUCAGACAGAAGUUACUGAAAUUCUAGACUUGAAAGAUAUGACUAAAGUUUUACAGACCUUACUACUGGACUCUGCCAGUCUCCGGAGGGACAUAAACUUAACAAAGCAUGUUAUGGAAGCAGAUCAUGAAUCAAAAAUUCAGGAAAAAUCUUUAGAACUGUAUUGUCGAAUAAAUGAAAGAGUUGUAGAACUUGAGAAAAAUCAUCAGGAUAGAGUAAACUCACUUCGGAAAGCUUUCAGACAACAGCUGGCUGACGCUAUUGCAAGACUUUCAGUUCAUUACAGUAAAAAUUUGCAAUCCAAAAUGGUCAGAGAAAGGACAAAACAAAAAAGUGAUCUGGCAGAUAAAGAAGAAAAAUUUAGAGAAAUGCAAGCCACAAUCCUUCGCAAUGAGGGUAUCAUUCAACUCUUAAAAGAGCAGCUACACCAACAGAAUAUGAAAGAUGAUGAAGAAGAAGAGAGGUUUAUGAAUAGAAGUCUCCACAAUGAUGAUACACCUCAAGCUGAACUAUUACAAGAACAGUUAAACAAUCUCCAGGAAGAACUGGACAGCAUAAAUAAAAAAUUAGAAUCUUCUGAAAAAAAGAACAGUCGUCUAGAAGAAGCCUUGGAUAUUAAAGAAGAACAACUCACAUCUCUCAAUAAAGAAAUUGAUGGCUUAAAAGAUCAACUGGAGAGAAGUAACAUUCUGAUAGAACAGAUGAAACAUGAAAUAAAGGAGAUGAUGAAUGAAGCAAUCAAAGAAAAAGAAGCAUCAAAGAAAAAUCUUAAUCACCAGAAAGAAGAAAUGAAAAGACUAAUGGAAGAACAAAUACGAUUAGCAAAAGAGGAAGCAAUAGAAAAGAUAAAGAAAGAAGCUCAGGUGACAUCAAGUGAAGAUCAGGCUAGAAUAAAACACAUGUUAAAUCAGAUCACUAAUCUAGAAGCUCAGUUAACAAAGGAGAAAGAAAAGAAUGAUAUCCUCACCACAAAGUCACUGAACUCCAAAAUAUCCAAAGACACAGAAGAAAAGUUAAAAGCAGAAAUUCAAAGACUCCAGUCAGAGUUGGAAAAAACUCAUUUAAUGUGGGAGAAAAAGUUUUCUAUUUUACAACAAAGCAUGCAUGCCUUAAAAGAUGAAAGCUACAUAAGACAAACACUACAGAGACAGGCUGCUCAAUUACAUCAAGCUGCAGUCAGCUAUUCUGUAGAUGUGCCAGUUGUUAAUAUGCCCACAAAAGAAUUUUCGCCAACUAAUAGAAAACCCUUGCCAAACAUAAAUAAACACAAUAAAAAAGGAGACUCUGACCAAGAUAAGGAUUGUAUUUCUUAUACAAUAUCAGCACCUAGUGGACGAGGAACAGCCAUGUUCUCUGUUGAUGAGAACCAGAUCAUGUCUGAUACUGAUUUGGAGUUUAUGCCCUUAGAUGUGUUCAAAUUACCUGAACCAAUGUUAAUAAGACAAGAACUAAAUGAUAACAGUAGACCCUCCACAUCAUCUCAUGUUUUAAGUAUACCCAGUGUAGAAGCCAACUAACAAGUGCACAAAGCAAAAAAUAAUUCAUGUCUUCUUUACAACGUAAAAUUUGUUUCAAUAUAGUAAACUUGUUUGGUAGGUUGUUUCAAAAGGUAGAUUUUUUUUUUAAGUAACAAGAUUAUUUGAAUACUGGUAGUAUAUGUCAUUUCUCAUAUGUUUUAAGAUUGUUACUAGUUUGAUAGGGAAUACAAAGUUUUAAAAAUGUAUGUUUGACUAAUAAACUUAAAUCUUAUAUUAAAACUAGUUAAAGCUCCUUAUGUUUUUUGUUUCAAAAGAUUUUAAAAAAUAAAAUACUAUUUAUAAGAUUUAUGUAAACAUUUAUGUGUAAUGUUAAUGAAGGGGGUGUGGUGGCUGAGUGGUUAAGUGCUUGGCUUCUGAACCUGGGGUCCUGGGUUUGAAUCUUGGUGAGGACUGGAUUAUGAAUUUCUGGAUUUUUAGGCAGGCCCUGAGUCCACUCAACUCUAAAGGGUACCUGACUUUAGUUGGGGAAAGUAAAGGUGGUUGGUCAUUGUGCUAGCCACAUGACACCCUGCCAGUUAACGGUUGGCCACAGAAACAAAUGACCUUAACAUCAUCUGCCCUAUAGAUUGCAAGGUCUGAUAGGGAAACUUUACUCAUUCAUUAUAUACAUAUAUAUAUAUAUAUAUUGUUUUUUUUUAAAUUUCUUUAUCCCUAUACAUUACAAAAACACCACUAACAUUGUAUUUAUUAUGUAUAAAAUGUGUUGAAAAUUAAAAUAUUUGAUUUGAUAACCUAAGUUUAAUGCAUUUUUUAUAUGAAGAUGUUGUUUGUCUGAGGACACUAUUUGGGUUUGUUUACAAUGUUGUAAUAUCUUGAGCUUAAAAUGAUCAACUAUCCAACAAUUUGGAGCCUAUUCUAAUUAAAGUCUAAUACAACUGGGAUAAUAAAUGGCAGUCAUUGGACAACAUAUGAAAUACUUGUAGGGUAGCUGACAGCAUUUAAAAAAGGAAAUUGGCUCUAUUAAUUUUUUUUAUGAGGUUUGUAGCCACAGACAUAGGAAUAAUGCAUGUUUGCAUUUUAUUAUUAGAAGAUUCUAAAUGUAUGAAGACAUUAGUACCCCUCUUCCCAAUCCUGUAGGCUGGCCACCAGUGUACAAACCAAACAUUUUCUUUUCACAUUCAUUGAAAAAAAUUGAUUAGAAUUAUAUAUAUAAAGGUACUAUCACCUGUGAAUUUAUACUCUUAAUUAGGCAUAAGAAUAUUGCUUUAAAUAUCAGUAUUGGGCUUCACUGUAGAAAAUUUGAACUUUUUUUUCACAAUGUUUGAUUAUUAUAACUAGGCUAAGUUUUUGUUGAUAGCUUUAAAAUUUUGCUUAAGUUCAAAUAUAAUUUUCUUGCCCCAUUCCUGUAUAGAAGUUGAAGUCAAUAACAACUUUUUAAAUUUUUUUUUUUCUAUUUCUCCUAGUAAACUUGUUUGUACAAGCUAUUUAACUAAUGAACAAUGUGGUAUUUACUAGAGAUAAAAUACAUUUAAAUACAAUUUUGAAAUGCAUGUUACUUUCUGUAAAAAAGAGUAAACUUGAGUCAAUAUAAUCUAGCCUGGUAAAUCUGAUAAAGCUAAAUAGUUUUAGAUCAAACAAAUAAAAACCACAUUUUAGUUCA